AAAACCAGGUCCUGCCUAAUAGAUAGUAGCGGCUUUAUUGCGCCAUCCAGGUUAUUAUAUGUGGAUCAAGAUUAUACCACCACCAAGAUUAUACCACCGUCAUCUAGAGAGCUUUUUGAGUAGCAUUACAUUUUCCUUUUCGUUAGUUUUCUUCACGCUAAAAGUAAAAUCCAAAUUGUCAUGCAAAAAAGUUAAAUUAGUUUUCCUUUUCCAGCAGAAGUCACGUAGCUGUGAUUGCUUCAGGUACCCCCAGCCCCACCCAAGUACGCAUCAAGACUAGUGCAGCGGCUACACCAUCAGCUCUACUAUGUUGUUUUACGAAGCGGAGGCCGGGCCGGCCGCUCCAUCUCCUACAACGGCUGCCAGCCGCGACGGGUCUACGGACCGGUUACCCCCACCAUUACCCCGGAACAGCUCGACGAGGAGCGAGGACAUCCAGCGCAGCAGCUUUUCCAACCUGCUAUCCCGGUACGACAAAACCGAGUUGUCGCCCCGGUCGUUGCAGCGCCUCACCAACCCGACGGUGUGGAGUCAGAGUAAUGUUUUGAAGGCCGCGUCGCUUUCGCCUACUAGAAACAAAGCUCGGGUAUCAUUUGUAAAAACGUCCCCUUCCCAGAGUUGUGAUGCAGAUUUGCAAUGACAGGAACAUUUGUAAUGCGCAUCUCCAUGAGGGGCGUUUCUAGUGGUGUUUUGGGAUUUGUAAUGCUGUAACCAGGAUAAGCAGAUGGAUUUGUGAUGCGCUUGCCCUUGCUAACCUGCACUACACUACGCACUGCAACUUGUGAUGCGUGAGUCCCAAAACUUCCAUGUUUGUGUUGCAAAAUCCCCAGAUUGACUCUGGGGCGGGGAUGUUUUUACACAUGAUAUUGGGGCGAGGUGAUUCACGUGCGCACGUCCAGCGCCAGCCCGCUGUUCACGGAUGUGGACUUGAUUCACCGCAACAGCGUGGACAAAAUCAAACCUGACCCGCGUUUGGCGAAAAACCCGCAGGGACCGCGUUCGGGGCCGCCGAUGCGGAGCCGGAGUCCGGGGGGAAAUGAACAAUCAGCGCCAAAGAAGCGGGUUUCGUUCUCCCCCGAAGCACGGCCGGAGGGCAUUGGGGAUUUGCUGGCCCGGUAUGGUAGUAAUUCGACGGGGUCUACCCAGGGGGCGCGAAAUUAUAGCGGCGGCAGUAGAACAACAACUUCGGCAGGUUCUUUGAGGGCAAGUGUAGUUUCCCCGGUGGGAAGCACACCCUCGCCGGAGCAGCAGGCGAAACUCUUAUCCGACGGCCGGAAGGUUCUACUCGGAAACAACAGUACAACGGCUUCUUCGCCUGUCGGCACGCAGCCUCUGACGGCAGUAGAAGAGCUACCGGGCUCAACAUCUGCUCAACGGUCGAAGGAGGACGAUUUGGGCAAGGUGAUGCAGAUGGUGGAUGAAUCACGAGCGGCGGACGCUGUAACGCGCCGAACAGGGGUCGUUCCAACUACGACACAGCAGCAGAAUUCUAGUACACAGCAGAAUCUGAUGAACCUUGGCUCUACUACUUCUCCAGAUAGAUCUUCAGCGCGCGAGCGGUCAGAUUCGCUGCGGGAAAACUUGCGCAGAAGGAGCGUUGCUGCAAAUAACGUCGUGCAAGAUGAUGAACUACCGCGAACACAACAAGCACAGCAAGUGACGACCAAGAAAUCCUCCGUGCAGCCGGCAAAAUUGGAGCGACGGAGCGAAGUGAUCCGGAUAAACCAGGAAUUGCCGCAAGGAGAGUUGUCGCGGUUUAGCCAGCAGCUGAGUUACCGGCACAUGAACAUCUCUAGUAAAGAUGAUCCGGGGAAAAUAGUAGCGGAGAGAAGGAGUACCACCACGACGAUCCACGAACCGCUGCUGAACGCCUACACGACGAUGCCGCAGCCACUUUAUCACCUGUAAAAAUGUCUGGGUCUGGAAGAAUGCAACUUGUCAUGCUGAUUUUGAAUUCUAAAAAAAUCUGUAUUGCAUGGGCAGCAAAGAGAGCCCAAGUUUUGCUACACGGAAAGAGCAUUUGUCAUGCGGUAUAGGCAUCAGGAAGCCCUCGCAAAAUCUGUGAUGCUAGGGCAUGCAUCACAGACAUCAGAAGUCAUGCAAAAUGUGCAUGACAAACCUGGAAAUCUUCCAGACCCAGACAUUUUUACAUUUGAUACACUUGUAUCAGCUGCAAAUACUGCCACAGAAACGCAAACAAGAACUUCUUCCUCAACGAGACCUACCCCUCACCAAGAGCCGAUAUCAAGUAAGAAACCAAACGGGCCCAGAAAGGUGCCGCCUCUUCCGAUCCCGCAGGACGCGGACUUCCCCGACGCGGAUUUUUCCUCGUCCAGCGCCGAGCCGGGGGUCGAGGUGGCGCAGGUCGUGCAAGAAUUUGUCCGCCCCGCCCCGCCCCGUCCGAAACCGGCCUCGCCAAAGCCCACCGCGAGUUCCCGCCUGGCGGUGAAGCCGCGGCUUGAUUUCAUGCCCGCGGUGAUCAAGAGUCCUCAACAAGGCUUUCAGAUUGGACAGCAGGGCGCUAAUCGUGGGGAAAAACAUUUGUCUCCCGGGGUUGCAGGCGCUGCACGGACAAGUAGAACUACUUCGCCGAUUGUGUUGAAACGGAGCAAGGUUUCACGAAACAGUAGCAGGGGGCAAGACACUAGCGCGGAAAUCGUAGAUGACACUGCUGGAGCUGAAGCUGCUGCUGUGGACCAGGAACUGCAGAAAUUGCUGGAAAAACUUCCACCGCAAGAAGUUGGUGCCCCUUCUCCUCCGGAGAAUCAUUCCGAAGCAGCGUCCCAAAAGUCUACGAUUCUGCAAGACGAGGAAGUAGAUCACCAGAAACGGAGAAGUAGUAAAAAUAGGCCCCGCACCAGGGAGAGCAAGUCCUCUUCUGGCGUCGAUCUUUCCGAGAUACAGGAGCAGGCCGCGGCCGAAGUGCGGAAGAAGCCAGUUAAGGUUCUCCCAACGGCCACGCAGUCAGAGAAGUCCUCGGGUGUCUCUUCGCAGCGCAAGGUCGUGUAUUCCGGCGCCGCGGCUGUGAUGGCAGAAAGAUAUAGUGCGAAGAAUCGACCCUCUACUCAGCUUGGGAUUUUGAACAAGGAGGAGCAGCAUGACGAUAUCAUCAGUAGUCCACCUACUAGCAGUGCCGCAGAACUUCUACAUCAACGUGAAUUGAGUGCAGCGGCGACCAGCAGUAUUGACUUGGCCGAUUUUUCCCUCCCCGGUGGACCCCCGUCUUCGCGCGACGACGGGAGCAGCAGCUUUCGGAGUGCCGUGGAGUCGGAGGUGCGCCCGUUUUCCAUGGAUAUGGUGGGUGACGGAGCAGAAGGCGACGCAGCUUCCUCGGCUGACGAUAUUCCGGGCCGGAAUAGAGGUGGUCAUCGACGUGCGAAUGUAGGCACUGAAGGAGAGGCUGCGGAUGACCUGGUCGUUGAGGAGAGUGGAAACGAAAGUUUUCAAAGUGCACUCGCCGGUGAGGUGUCGGAGGAUGGGCCAGAAGUUCUUGCUGUGGUUAAAGGGGGAACCAGCUCUGCUGGUCGCGCAGCAGAAGCAUCUUCUGAUCUCGGGCAGAAUAAGGAAGAGAGUAGAAAAGGUAGCCCACUUGUAGUGAGACGGAAAAGUUCCAAUAAGUCCACAGAACAAGAACGCGCAGGCCGACGGCGCUCCAGCACGAACGAAAGAGGAUCUUCUGUUGUGGUGAAAAGGAGAAGUAGAAGAAGCUCGUCGAGCAAAACCGCGGACACUACUACUGCUCCCCGCCUUGAUGCACAGGAGGAGAUGUUGACCAGAGCAAGCAUCAAAGCUGAAGCGGCCACCACUUCCACCACACCGGCGAAGAUUCUGCAGAUGCAGGCGUCGUUUGAUUUCUUUUCUGCACGGAACGGAAACAUGAAUCAGAAACAAGCUCCGAAGAAAAUGCAGUCGUUAGUACAACCUGCGGUGCUGAAAGAACCCUUGAUGCCGCAGAGUCAGCUCUCCCUACUGCCGGCCCAAAGCUCUCUGCGGAAGAACAAGAAAGCUCCGGUCCGGGCAGCGGAGGGCGAGGCGAGCAGCGGCAGCGAGUCCGUAUCAAAUGCAAAAAUGUCUGGGUCUGGAAGGUGGUAACCUGUCAUGGUAAAUCUGAAGCAUGCAAAAAUCUGUGUUGCAUGAGUGCCAAAAGCUGUCCACUUUCGACCAAGUUGGGAGAGAGUUUCUCAUGCAGGGUGGGCAUGGCAGAGACCUCGCAGAGUCCGUCACACUAAGUCCCGCAUUACAGACCUCACGGCUCAUGGAAAAUCUGCAUGACAAACUUCUGCACUCUUCUAGACCCAGACACUUUUGCAUUUGAUAAUCCGGCAGCGGUAGCGAAUCCGGCAGCGGCGGUGAUGAGGAGGAGAGCGAGGGCGUCGAGAGUGGCGAGGCUGGUGCGAGCAAUCAAGGCAACACCGCUAGCAACGAGGAAAAUAGCGGGGAAGGCGGUGGUGGUACGGGUACCAACGAGGAAAGUACAGGAGGUGAGGAUAGCCAAGAAGAACAAUCUGGGGCUGGUGACAGCAAGGAGGAACAAGACACGAACACCAAUGACAGUGGUGCGAGUGGCGAAGAUGUCGAGGAGGAGCCCGGGUCCUUCGGCUCGCAGCAACAGGGCUCUUCCCAGCACAAACACGUGAGCUCCUUCGGUUCCUCCCAACAACAAUCGCCAUCCCAACAGCAGUCCCAGCUCGGUUCCUACCAACACCAAACGCCAUCCCAACAGCAGUCUCAUUCCCAAGUGGGAUCGUCGCAAAUGAAGGGGGCUACCUCGCAAAGCCCGGAGGGCAGCACUGACCACGACGAGGAAAGUGACAGCGACGAGGAAAAGCCUGCGAGUGGUUCCAAAAAGGGCAGCCAGCCAUCGAGUUUGGGCGGAAGUUUCGCCCAAGCGGACAGUGGGAGCGGGAGUGACGACGACAAGAAGUCCUCUGACGGAAAGAAAUCGGACGGGAAGAAAUCUAGUUCAUCAUCUUCCAGUGACGGGAAAGAAAAGCCCGCGAGUCAACUGACCAAGAAGUCCAGCAGUAAAGCGUCCAGUUUGGGCGGGAGCUUUGCGCAAGCGGACAGCGGAGAUGAUGGCAGUGACGAUGACAAGAAGUCGGACGGAAAGAAGUCUGAUGGCAGCGACGGGAAAAAGUCCAGUGACAGUGGGGGGAAAAAGUCUAGUGACAGUGGAGGGAAAAAGUCCAGUGACAGUGGCGGGAAAAAGUCUAGUGACAGUGGCGGGAAGAAGUCCAGUGACAGUGGCGGGAAAAAGUCUAGUGACGGGAAAAAAUCUUCUGACGGGAAAAAGUCCAGCGGGUCUGAUUCAGACGACAAGAAAACCGCCGCGCCACCGGGGAGUUUUGGAGGACAAGGCAGCGACGCCGCUGGCAGCUAUGACGGGUCUAAAAAGAAAGCAGGCAGUGACGACAGGCCCGGUAGUAGUUCCGGCGGUGGCGGUGGGAGUUCGGGCGGGGGCUUCGGCGGUGCGAGUAUGGGGGGAAGCUUUGCACCGAACCAGGCGGCGAGCCUGGCCACCAGCCACUCCAGCCCCGGCACGCAAAGCGCGAUGGGCGGCGCGCCCAGCAUGGGGUUUGGCGGUGGCAGCAUGGCCCCCGCCCACCCCAUGGGCGGUUUCGCGGGCCACGACAGCGCCCACCAACCCUUCGGCGGCGGGGCGGAUUUGGAGCGACACUACGGCGAGUUCGCGCCCGGCUUCGGCCAGGGCCUGACCGGCGGCUUCCGGGCCCCGAAGGCCGCCACGCACAGCGAGCACGAACAGCAACACAAACCCUACCAGCCGUUUAUGGCGUGCUCAGAUGUUACAAUCUCAAACGUUACAAUAGAAUCUGGAAUUUGUCUUGCAUGAACAGCAUCAGUACCAUACAGAGACUUAGGCUUUUCGCAAUACAAAUUUCGUCAGAUUCUCAUGGGGUUUGGAGCUCCGAGACUUGUCAUGCGCGCUCCUUUGGGAGUACGUAGGGGAGACUUUGCGCAUUUUGCAACACAAAAUCCAGAUUCUACUUGUAACGUUUGAGAUUGUAACACCUGAGGGCGUUAUACCGUUUUCCAGCGUGGACAUCACCGGCCAGCCGACCCCCACCGAUUUCCGCGUCGGGAAAUCGCUGCCGCAAACGAAAAAACAGAAAUUUCUGCCGCACGCCUACGACGACAAAACGGGGAAGAUCAAGUUCUUCGGCGAGGAAAUGCAGGCAAGGAUCCACAAGGAACGGGAGGACUUGACGAAAGGGAUACUGGAACCCAGUGGAGCAAAAGAGACCGCGUUGAAGGAAACAUACGACAAGGAGGAACAGAAAAAGAAGGAGCAGAACCGUGCCCGCAUCAAGGCGAAAAAAUCAAAAGCCCGGGCCGUGAAGGCCGGGAAACGCAAUUUCGAGGUGAAGAAGGGGCUGCUGGCGAAGGCGCGGCCACCCACCGUGCUGGCGCAGUGGCCGAACUUGAUGGUGAAGUUGUACGACCUGCAAAAGCUCCGGAAACCGCUGCCCGAGGAGGAAGCGAUCAAAAAUCUGAAGCCGGGAAGGCUCAUCCAAGACCUCGAGUUUGGCGGGAUAAGCGUGCGCGGAUACCUCGACCCGGCGUUCACCAGGGCCAUGAACCGCUUUCAUCGGAAAGGGUAUACUUGAGUCAUGAUUUAUUCCCUGGUUCGAUUGACUAGAGAGUUCGAGUUGUUUUGAUUAGUGAUUGUGAAGCCGAGUCUCCAAGAACAAAGCGUUCUUGUGUAUACAGGUUAAUGGUUGAAUCAAAUGAUAGUGAUAGAACAUCAACCACGAAAUAAACAACAGCCCCACCCCGCUGGACACGCACGACAUGGUCGCAAACAUUUCCAUUCAGCCGGACUUGUUUGCGCAAAUGCGGAACCACGCGGAGCGGGAGUUUCAGCAGUUUCGGCGGGCGAUCUUCACGAAGAUCAACGCCUACACCGACUACGACAACGCGCGCGAGCGGCAGCGGAACUGGCUGGAGGAAGAAGUGGGUCGGUUCUAUUCCAUUCCCCCGUUUUCCCACUGGGACGCGCGCAUGGAGCUGUCCAAGCCCAUGGUGGGAAACCGGGUCGGCAACUACGCGGCGGGCACGCGGACGAAGGACGGCACGGUUUUCGACCCCCUGGACUACCAGGGGCGAGACAAGAAGGGCGAGCUGAUCGGCAAACCGGAGGGUGACGGAAAAACAGUGAGUAAGGACGGGAAAAAUAAAGUCAAGCUCCCGGAAGGAGGUGACGCAAGUCCGCUCGGUCCGAUCCCCGGCGCGAUUAAUCUCGGCACCAGGGAAAACUACUACGGUGAUAUCAACGGCGAGAACGCGGCCUUGUACCACUUCCAGGACGUUCCGCGCCAGGAGUUCGACACGCGGGACCGCACGCCGCCCCCGCGAAAGCACGGGUGGCUGCUGAAAGACCAGAUCGCCACCGCGGGGUUCGUGAAACGCACCGCGUUCGACGACUUGCUGACGAUGAACCGCAAGUACGGCGGGCAGCUGACGCUCCCGGAGCGGAAAGAGCUCGUGUCCAACGCCGCCGACAAGUAUCUCGCGCAGAUGCCCGAAAAGUGGCCGGAGGCCGCGGAGGGGAAGGGGAAGACGAAGGCCGUCAGUCGCAACCCGCUGAUCCAGCGCGGCCGGUGGCAGAACGAUCUAGACGCCAUGCAGACCGCCCACAUCAUGGACGAGGUCGGGAACAAUUUUGUGCUGCCGAUCCACAGCAAAACCGCUACGUUAUCCACCGUGUCCAGCGAGCGCGAGGCGCGGAACGUGUUGCUCUGGCGGUUUCGCACGAAACGUCGGCACCGGAACAACAAGCUGAGCAGAAUGCUCGAGCGCUGCGUCGCGCUCGGCCCGGUGAAGUCCAUGUGGCAUCCGCGCGCGGUCAUCCAAAGGCGCGACUGGUUUUUGAAAGGGAAAAGAAGAAAAGAUGAUGUCGAUUUGGAUAAAGCGAGUGAGAAGAUUUUGAAGAAAGAGGGCAAAGACUUCGAGAAGAAGCGGCCCGAUUUAGAUUUAAAAGCGGAGGAGAUCAUGGGAUUUGUGGUGAAAAAGGGGAAGGAAAAAGCCAAAGAACCUCCGGGAAAAAUCGACGUCCAUGAAGAUUCUGUCGAGGAAGACUAUUUCAGCUACGACGACGACGGCAAACCGAAAAAACCGGUCGCGAAGCGCAAGUUGAAGGAGUGGAAGCGGGGUUUGAAGGUGGUGAAGCCGGACGAGAAACAGGAAACCGUGUUCGGGGAUAAGCAAUUGAAACAGAAGCGAGAAUCCGCUGUUUAUAGAACCGAAGACGCGCCGAAACUGGAAGAGUUGCUCGAUAAGGUCGAGGCCGACAUGCGGUUUGACGAGGACUUUAUCGAAGAAACAAAAGUCGAUGAAUAUGAUUUGGACAAAGAGGUCUCUGCCACCGCGAAGGAUUUAAACUGGAAUUUAAGACGCGGUCGCAAAGACGUUUUGAGGACCGCAGGGCCGGACGAUUUGGGAUUCUUCAAGGCGUUGGAGAAGGAUCGGACCUACGUGGAGCACGAGCGCGGCCCCAUCGGCUACGCCGACUUGGUUGGUCCGGCUUUGUUGGACGACUUCGUGGACCGCUGGAGGAAGGGGAUCGAAGUGGUUCCGGACUAUUUACCGUUAGAUUUAACACCGGAGGCCGACGCGAAGCUCGCCAAACUCACACAGCCGAAGUUUGUGCCGAAACUCGCCAGUCUGGCGCAGUUCGGCCCGGUGCUGGCCGCGAAGGGUUUGGCGACGGGGAAGCGGAUUGACGGCAAGAAGUUGGACUUCGAUUUCGAGGGGUUAUCGCCUGAACAGCAACAGUACCUACUGGAUACUUUCGGAAUCAAGCGAGAGGAAUUACUCAUGCCCCGCGGUCCGGUGCGACCGUUACUCGGGCUGGAAAAAAUCGACGACCAGCCGGAGCAGUACAAAUUCCGGCCCCUGGAGCCGAAACGGCGCGGGCGGAUUUCCAUGGACGAUUUGUAUUUCGCGGACCAGGAGCUGGCCCUGAAAUUUGGCCAGAUCGACGAGCAGUUCAUGCUGGAGCCGGAUCAGUACGAGAUGGACUUGAACUUCAUCGAGCGCAAGGGCGCAGGAUUUGGCGCGAACAUGGAAGCGCCGGCGUUGGACGAGGCUUUGCCGAUGCUGCGGCCUUUGGAGCCUGUCGAAGACCCCGCGGACCUGACCAUGGGGGAUCUCGCGCCGCUCCCCGACGAGGCGCUGCAGAAGAUGCGGCCGGACGAGAUCGACACGGCGGAGUUGUUUGUCGACUACGGCCGGGAGGGUUUCGGCGCCGCACGGUAUCUAGACGAGGCGAAACGCAUGUCGAUCGUCGGGGGCGCGCAGCCGGAAAGGUUGGACGGCGGUAUGUUCCUUGACUACAGCGGGCAGGGCGCGAACCUGGCGGUGAAUGUUCAAGGGCUGGAUCAGCACAAGGCAGGGGAAAUUGAGUACGUCACCGGGCUGCAGCCGCUGGAGCAGCCGACGGGGUACCUGAUCGAGUACGGCCAGGGCCGCGGGGUCGUGGACCUGAACAUGCAGGACCCGGGCCUGGACCAGCCGCUGCGGUUCUCGCAGGUGGCCGGCAUGCAGCCCGAGAGGAUCGCGGACGGGUACUUUUUGAAAGAGGAGCGGAAGGGCUUCGGCUACGGACGGUACUUGGACGACGCCGAGCGGAUCUCCAUCGUGACCGGCGCGCAGCCGGAGCGGCUGCCCGACGGCUACUUCGUGGACAUGACGCGCCAGGGCUUCGGCUACGCGCAGUUCCUCGACGAGGCCGGGCGGAUUUCGUUCGUGGAGGGCGCACAGCCGCUGCCGCCGGUCCGGUUGACCCAGGAGUUGCCGGAGAUGGGAAGGAUUUCGUACGUUCCCGGCUUGAUUUCCCCCGAAACCAUCGCGGCGGGGGAAACGCUGGCCGGCCACGGUCCCGCCGAUCGCGUGCCGUACAUCGGGGAAGAGUUAGAGCCGCUGGACUUCGUGACCGAAAUGCAGCGGGGCGGGAAUCGGGGGCAUUUGAAGGACGGCACGACCACCCGGGGCUACGGGCCGGCCGACCGCAACUUGGAAUUGGUCAAGGAGGGCAUCGACCAGCCCCUGGGGCAGAUCGACUUCAUCACCGAGCAAAGGCGAGGCGGCAACCGCGGCCACCUGGUCGACGGCUACCAGUUUGGCGGCUACGCGGGGGCCGACCGGGUCGCGGAACUGCAGAAAACCGGCGCGGACAAGUUCACGCGCAUGUCCCAGGUGGACGCGCUGCAGGACGGCAUCAUCGACAAGCGGACCUUCGAGGAGAAACAAUUGGACGACCACUUGAAGGGGGGCCGCACCGGCGCGGACCGCGCGAUGGUGGUAGACGCGCUGAAGGCCGAAAACUUCAAAACCGCCGCGGAGGACCGCGCGCUCCGCCCCGAGGACAUCCGCCCCGAGGCGUCCCCGCAGUUCUCCGCGAAGACGCAGCAGUACAUCCCCGACGCGCCCAAGGGGUUUGAGGAGGCGUACAUGCUGAACCCGGACAAGUUGGUGGAAAAACUCCGCGACGACGUGAUGUUCGCCGGCGCGACCUACGGGAUAGGGUAUGGGUUGAACCUCGAAGCCGGUGCCUUAGACGGCACUGAGCGGUUGUUACGCCCGAAGGACUACGAGCAGCGCGAGCACAACAUCCCCGCCAUGGAGCGCGCCGCCGGGCAGCGGUUCGCCGUGGCGGCGCCGCAGGCGGGCGCGGGCCAGGAGGAGCAGCCGAAAUUCCGGCCGUUGGACCAGCGGAUGGAGGAAGCGCCGAUGUUCAGCGUGCGGACCGCGCAGAACGCGCUGGUGUCCGUCCCGCUGCCGAACGAGGAAGUCACCACGUUCCGUGCGCUGGACCGACGCUUUGAGCAACAGCCGAACUUCUCCGUCCCGACCCCGUACGAACUCCCCGCCCCGGCGCCAAUGGACGUGGACAUCCUGAACCGCCCGUUGCGCGUGCGCAUGGAGGAAAGCCCCGCGUUCUCCGCGCGGACGAACCAGUACCAGGCGGACGCGCCGCUGCCGAUGGACGAGGACAUGCGGUUGCGGAUGCUGGACUAUUAUCAAAUGCAAAAAUGUCUGGGUCUGGAAAGAUUCGAAUUUGUGAUGCGAAGUCUACAUCAUGAUAAAAUCUGUCAUGCGUGGCUAGCAAAAAGCCCCAUUUUUGGUUUCCGAGAGAGAGGAUUUGUCAUGCGGAUUAGGCAUUGGGAAAAGUGCUCAAAAUCUGUGAUGCUAGAGCUCACAUGCCAGGCGAUCUGGGUCAGGCAAAAACUGCAUGACAGAUCUCGCAUUCUUCCAGACCCAGACAUAUUUGCAAUCCAUAACUACCGCCCGGACGUCCAGCCCUUCCAGGCCCCCGCGCCGAGUCCAAUCUACGAUUUGCAGCUCGAUAGACCGCUCACGCCCCCGCAGCUCCUGAAGGCACAAAAGCCAGGGCCACCGGACCCACUACUAGUAGUGGACUUCGACCGGAACGCGAACAUGCAGGCUGUUUACCAGCCCGCGGUGAAACCGCGCGGUCCGGACAAGCCGCUGGCGGACGAGUCGUUGCGCGCGAACGAGAUGCUGCCGCUCCGGGAGUUCCGCCCGGCGACCGAGAAGGGCUACCGCGAGGGCGUGGAGGCGCCGGCGCCGUUCGAAGAGCCGGAGAAGUUUCGCCCGGUAGACAUCAAGGCGGUGCGGCCGAAGUCGGACGCGGGGUACGCGUAUCUGCCCGACGAGCAGGACAAAUCUCUCUUCCGCAUGGCGGCCUACCGGCCGGAGGUGAUCGACAAGUACAAUCCGCAGAUGGGUCCGGGGCUCCCGACGGAUGAGCUGGGCAUUAUGCGCAUGAAGGAGCAGCGUCUCGCGUACGACCGCAUCAUGGCAUUUGCGAAGCCCGAAGCGCCGAAGCCCAGCGCGGAACUGGGCAUCUUCCGCCCAAUGGACAUCCGUCCGGAAUUAGUUGAAGAGCGGGCGAAGGUGUCCGCGCCCGCGCCGGACGCGAAUCUGACCACGUUCCGCCCGAUGAUUGAGAGGAAGGAGGUUUCGGAUCGGUUCAACCCGAAAUUUGGCGCGGGGACGACCACAGAAGAGUACAUGUUCCGCCCGGUCGACUACCGGCCGGAGGUGAGCGACAGGUUCAACCCGAAAUUUGGCGCCGGAACCACGACCGAAGAGUACCUGUUUCGCCCGGUGGAUUACCGGCCGGACGUGACGCCGCGGAAGAUCGAGGCCCCGGCGCCGGCCGAGGAGGCGGAUUACUUUACCGGCAUGGCCUAUCGGGGGUACGUUCCGGGGGAGGAACGACGGAACAUCGGGCCCGGUACACCCGGGGCGGAGACGCUGAUGAAGCCGCUGGACCUGCGCCGGGAGCUUUCCAGCGACCCGCGGAGAAAUUUGCCGCCCCCGCUGCAGGGAGGGGAUAUGCGAUUGAUGGAUGCCAUGAUGCCACAAAAUAAUCCGGCGGCUGCGGUCGGUGCGAGGGAGCGCGCGCCACGAGCCUCUGCCGCGCAGAGGUCCGCGGAUUUCAAAUCCCUGCGCGCAAAUUUAGGUGCGUUCUUCGGUGCGGACGGUGUCAAAGCGCCGCCGAAGCCACAGGCGAAACCCGGUGGUCCUGCGCCCACCAAGCUCGCCGACCUGCCGGGCCGAGGCGGCAACGAGAAGGCCUUCGGGAAGGGCAAUAUGGCGGCCGCUGCGGCGGGGCUGGGCGGGUUAUUCGGCGGGAAGGGCGCGGCCAUGGCGAAGGCGUCGCGCGCUGCGGCUGACACUUCUCCCACGGCGCCACCGCGACCGGUGGCCCGGCCGUCGGCUGCAACGGCUGUGCAGCGCCCUCCGUCCUUUGGAAACGACCAGGAGGCGCCCGUACGUCCCGUCGGCAAACCCCCCGCCCCCGCGCUGGCCGGUCUCUUCGGUGCCAAGGGCGCAGCGAUGGCCAAGGCCUCCGCGAUGGCGCGUACCGCGGACGAGCUUGCGUCACCAAAUAAGGCCUCCGGAGGCGGCGGUACAAAUAAGGACCAGCAGAUAGAGGGCUCAGGCAUUCACCUGGUCAGUGCGGGAGGAAUGAUCUUCGAUUCCGGGCAGAGUGAAGGUCUGAUUUCUGGCGUCCGCGGCCAUAAGGACUCCGCGUACCAGACCGUUAUUGAACAGGAUCAUCGCAACUCAAAGAUACUAACCCACCGCAUGUCGUCACAGAGACUCACGGAAAACGAGGAAAUGUCGAAUGUUGACCACGCGCCGAAUAUUUUCGGUGGAUCGAUGAACAUUCAGGCGUUGCAGAAGAGCUUGAAGAAGGAGGUGGACGGGGACCUCGGCCUGACCCCGCGCUCCGAAGCGAAGCGGCGGGCGAUAGCAGCGCAGUUGGCGUUGCAGGUUGAGGAGAAGCAAAGAGAACUGGCGGAGAAGAUGACGAAAGUCGAUAAAAACCGACCACAGGACCUUCGGAUGCAGGACGAGUUGUCCGCGAAGUUAGGGAUAGAAAGCUACGCGCAGCGGCGGGAGCGACAGCGGCCCAAAGUGGGGAAUGUGAAGAAAAAUAAGAAGAUGGGGAAGGCGCUGGAGAUUUUGGAGGCCCGGGUCAAAGGGAACGUCGGCGUGAAAAAUAUCGACAUAGACGAUAUAGUGCACGGGGAGGAUGCGGAGUGAGAAAACUAGACUCCAGUGAUGCGGAGUUCAGUGAAAUUCAUUUCUGAACUUAGACUCAGGGUAGCACCCCCACCCUCGUGACGUGUUAUUGUGUGUGAAAUUCCUUUUUUUGUUUUGGGUUGUAAUAAGCUGCAGAAUACCCUUUUUCUCAAAUUGAAAUUACUAGCCAAAUACGGUGCGGC